CUGAAAGGACGCAAUCUCAAUCAACUAUUGACUCAGCAACAACUUUAACAUCAGAGGAAUCAGCUCAUUCCACUUUGUCCACCUCAAGCGAUGCUGUCCAUUCAACGACAUCCACCCACUCGACAUCUAUGCCUUUAACACCUUAUCCAUCCGUCAGUUCUGACACUACAGAACCAACUUCAACAGAGUACACAUCAAGUAUUGUAAUUGGAGAGACUUCACCUGAACCAGCCCAAACCAGCCAGCACUCAUCGGCACCUCCAACAACUGAACACAAUACCACAACCAUACUACCAUCAUUCACAACAAGUCCAACUGAAACAUUUCCUACAACCAAUGUAUCCACAACAUCAGUAGUGACCACAGUAACAGAAACCACAAUCCAAACAAGUCCAAUAGUGUCUGCAACAGAGGAGUCGCCACAUUCCACUGUGUUCUCAACUGAAAAUGUCUAUUCAACACCAUCCACCUACUCAACAUCCAUGCCCUUAACACCUUAUCCAGGCAGUUCCGAAACUGGAGAACCAACUUCACCAGAAUACACAUCAACUAUCCUAACUGGACAGACCUCCGAAUCUUCACCUUCACCAGACAACACAAUCCAGCAAUCAUCAGCAUUUCCAUCCACAGAUGAAACCAUGGCUUCAUUUUCAACAACUGAACACAUGUCCACAGCUAUACUAACAUCAUUCACAGAAAUUACAACGGAAACACUUCCUACAAAGGAAGUGUCCACACAAGUAACUUCGGAGUUUUCAACUGAAGGGACGCAAUCUCAAUCAACUAUUGACUCAGCAACAACUUUAACAUCAGAGGAAUCAGCUCAUUCCACUUUGUCCACCUCAAGCGAUGCUGUCCAUUCAACGACAUCCACCCACUCGACAUCUAUGCCUUUAACACCUUAUCCAUCCGUCAGUUCUGACACUACAGAACCAACUUCAUCAGAGUACACAUCAAGUAUCCUAACUGGACAGACUUCUGAAUCUUCACCUGACCAAACAAUCCAGCAAUCAUCAGCAUUUCCAUCCACAGAUAAAACCAUGGCUUCAUUUUCAACAACUGAACACAUGUCGACAGCUAUACUAACAUCUUUCACAGGAAUUACAACGGAAACGCUUCCUACAAAGGAAGUGUCCACACAACGAUGCUGUCCAUUCAACAACAUCCACCCACUCGACAUCUAUGCCUUUAACACCUUAUCCAUCCGUCAGUUCUGA